AUGGAUGUAGAGACCAGCAUCCCUAUGGCAGCAAAAUUAACAACUAAUGACUCUUAUACGUUAUGUGAGAAAAUACCACCAUGCGAAACUAAAAUGCAAAAAGAAACUAUAUUAGAGCAGCCAAUGUCAUCGAGAAAGACGUACAUCCAAAAUAAACAAUCUGAUUGUUGCGGCUUUAAUGGGUCUAGUGUAACAUGCCCUAAAUCUGAUGCAAUUCAAGUGAAAUCUGUCAAAAUCUGUAGCAAUCGAGUAGGAGCAGAUCAGUGCACUUCGAAGACUGCUCACCGGGGCCAAAGGAAAGAACCCGUUGGUAUGUACAUUCAAGCUAAGCGGUUUUCCAAGGAUGCAUUUGUUAAAAUUUUGAAUAUUUGUCGAGAUCUCUCAAGAAAACAAGGUGUUCAUUCGAUAAAUUGUAUGAAUGCAGCUGGAUUCCAAUAUAUUAAUAUCAGGGAUACAGUUCGAUGCAACACCUGUCAACUCGAAGUGUCCGACUGGACACUUGAUAUGGAGCCAUUUUCUAUUCAUUCAGAACAUAGUCCGAAUUGUUCAUUUGUGCGUUCUGUAAAAUCUUCGGUUUCAGGCUCUCAACUAUUAUCAUCACCUGCAAUGGCCACUGUACUUCCGAUACCAACUACGAAUGCAGAUGAACAAGAGAGAUCUGCAAAACGUCAAAAACUCGAAAUAUCCAACGAUGAAAUUCAGCUACCAGCAUUUUAUGAAGUAGAGACGCUGAAAAAAAUACGACAACGCACUUUUUCUACUUGGCCCCAUCAGCAGUUGUCAUUCAAAGCACAAGUGAUCGAAGCUGGAUUUUUCAACUGUAAUGUCGGUGAUCGUGUUAUAUGUAUCUACUGUAACCUUAUUUGUCAACAAUGGGUACCGAAUACAGAUGAUCCAUGCCUAGUACACAAAACCCUAUCACCCAAAUGUCCCUACAUGUUUAACAUAUUAGUACAUCGUGCGAGGACACCUAUAGUGAUAGUGAAUGAAAAUAUUGUUAGCAACCAUUCGUCAACGGUGGCGAUUACCGUACCAUUUCGUUCAGAUGAAAUUGUAUCCUCUGUAGCUUGCCACAGUGCAUUUACGGAAAUACCAAAGCGCUAUGCGUCUUUUGCCAAAUGGCCUGGAGAACAGCUGCCUGCUGUCGAUGAUCUUGUUCGAGCGGGAUUCUUCUACACGGGUGUACAGACUAUUGUGACAUGUUUUUAUUGUAAUGGAUCACUCCAGAACUGGGGUGCUAAUGAUAAUCCAAUGAUUGAACAUGCGAGAUGGUUUCCUCAUUGUGCUUAUGCCAAGCAACUUUGCGGCGAUGCUCUUUAUCGAAGAAUUGAAGAAUCAAAACGGAUUGCCCAAGAGCGCACCAGAGUUAAUGAUCUAACAAAUGCUAAUCAGAAUUCAAAUACUCAAAAGUUACAAAUAUCCGAUGAAAGCACAUUAUCACGCUAUGUUGCUGCUCGCGUGGAUUUGCCGAUUUCGCAAAGACUACUGGAUCAAAAUUUUAAAUUGUCCAUCAUCAAACGAUGUUGGGAAGAUCAACUUCGAUUAAAAAAAGAAGAUUUUGAAACGGAUUCAGAUCUAUGGAUAGCUUGUACCAUUCUUCAGAAACAAAUCGAUUUUAUUAACGGUAAAAAAGAAAACAUUAUUGUACCCAGCGUACGAAUGCAACGAAUUCGUGAUCAACAACAAUCAGAAGUAGCCAAUAGAUUAUCUUCGCUGAGUCCACGUUCGAUCGCCAACCAACAAAAUAUGACUACAUUUAUUGUUUCAAAUGUCGAAAGAACGAAUGAAUUGAAUACGUCCAAUAGUGAAUCGAAUUCGACGACAACUAUAAACGCAACUAUUGAGGAGAAAAAACCACCAGACUUAGCUCCUAAAAUCACACCUUUAGAACCGAUGCAAACCAGUGCUAUAACUUUGACAAAUCCUUGUGCUUUGUGCAUGUGCGAAGAGAAACAGAUUGCAUGUAUACCAUGUGGGCAUUUCGCUACAUGUGUUUCAUGUGGCCAUUCAUUGCGAUCAUGUCCAAUAUGUCGACGAGACAUAGAGGCAUUUGUUCGCAUUUAUAUCUAG